AUGCAUACUGAAUAUAAUGAAGACGAGCAUCUAAGCGACGUUAGUUUGGAUGAAGAAGAUGAGGAGUUGAUUUGGAAGGUCUUUUAUAGUUCUCUUGAAAAAGAAACACGAGAUUCUCCAGAUGGUGAAAAUGAAAGUGAAUUGAGCGAAAAUGAAGAGUUCGACGAUUUAAGUGACAUUUCGGACAUAGACGAUCCAGAGCUUAUUUCAGAGUAUAAGGAAUUAAAAUCGCAGACCAUUGGAAAUUUGAAUGAAGAAGAAAAGAAAAGAUUGAUUAUAGGUAACUUUACAGAUGAUCAAAUGGAAAGAUUCGAAUCAUAUAGACGAAUGACAGUCAAUAAGCCUGGUGUGAAAAAGAUUUGCAAUGGUGUACUUGGUCAUUCAAUUCCACAAAACAUAGCUGUUGUUUUAGCAGGUCUAUCAAAGCUGUUUUUAGGUGAGAUAAUAACAAGGGCAUUUGAAAUACAAGAAAGAGAACAUAAAGCCCAAUUAAUACUAGAUAUAGACAACAAGAAGAAGCAAAAAUUAGAUAUUUUAAAAAGUUUGGAAAAUGGGAAAGAGAUUGAAGUAGAUGAUAGAAAAUUACAAUAUCGAGGCGAUACUCAGAGACCUCUUCUCCCCGAACAUAUACGCGAAGCUUGGAGACUUUAUAAGUUGGAAAAUAGUGGUGUUUUCAAUGCACAAUGGCGGGCGCAGGGCGAUUCUGAUGGUAAGCUUUUUCGCUGA